AUGACGGCCGUCACAUCUGCACAACCGUUGGACUUGUCGCACCACUUCUCCUAUGCGGCUAAGAAUCGCGAUCAGAGCAGUAUAAAGAGCCUCUACAGGUACUUUCAAAUCCCCAAUAUCGCCAAUCUUGCCGGAGGUUUACCACACCCUUCAUAUUUCCCAUACGACACUCUCGAAGCGACCGUCGCCCGGCCUCAGCGUCUGCAGCCCUCCAACAAAGAUGACGUCAAAGCCGAUCGAGUCGUCAUCCCCAAAGAAGUUAAGACUGCCGAUCCUACACGGAAAAUCGACUUGACCACAGCUCUUCAGUAUGGCCUUGCCGAAGGCUAUCCGCCGCUUGUCUCGUUCCUCCGACAAUUCGUCCGCGACCAUCUCCAUCCCAAUGUCCCGUACAAAGGAGGCCCGGAGAUCAUCAUGUCAUGCGGCAAUACCGACGGUUUCUCCAAAGCCAUUGAGCUUUUCACUAAUAUCUGGAAUCCCGACCGGGACUGGAUUCAGCAGCGCGAGGGCGUGUUGUGUGAGGAGUUUACCUAUAUGAAUGCCAUUCAGACCAUCAAACCGCGAGGCCUGAACACCGUCGCCGUGGCAGUCGAUGGCCAGGGUAUGCUAGCUUCUGGCAAAGGCGGCCUAGCGGACGUCUUGGAAAACUGGGAUUUCCGCCGUGGAAGACGUCCCCAUCUCAUGUAUACCGUGACGAUUGGCCAGAACCCCACAGGAGGAAACCUUUCCAUUGAGCGACGGAAGGAAAUCUACGCACUCUGCCAGAAAUAUGACGUGAUUAUUGUGGAAGAUGAUCCAUACUGGAAUUUGCAAUUCCCCUCCGCAUACGAGAAAGAGGCCCGUUAUCGGGGGGCCUCCACAGAGCCUACACCCUACAAUCGAAGCUAUAAUGCCGAGGGCAGGUCUUCGGGGUAUGCGUUUUUGGACUCGCUGCUGCCUUCCUAUUUAUCAAUUGACACCGAAGGACGAGUUGUUCGACUUGACACGUUCUCGAAGACUAUUGCUCCCGGCAGUCGCCUGGGUUGGAUCACUGCGCAGCCUGCCGUCAUCGAGCGCAUUACUCGCAUUACCGAGGUCACGACACAGCAGCCCUCAGGAUUCGUGCAGUCUAUAAUCGCCAAAACAGUUAUCGGCGAACAAUUGAAGGAUAAUGGGGCACGUGUUCUGAAGAAGGAAGAUAUCUCAAGCUGGCGCAUGGAUGGGUGGGUCCGUUGGCUGGAAGGACUGCGUGGGGGGUAUGAGAGACGCAUGAAUGACAUGUGCACCAUCUUGGAAGAGAACAAGUUCCUGUUCUCAGAGAAAUCUGAAGUCUCAUCGACUGCCAACCACGUCAAUGACUGGGAGGUAGUCGAUCGGGUGCAGAUGUACGACUUUGUCUGGCCCAAGGGCGGGAUGUUUGCCUGGGUCGAGAUCCGCCUUGAUAACCAUCCACUGCGAACUAAAUACAGCGAGCGAAAAUUAUCCAAGGCUUUCUGGAUCCAUCUCACGAAGAAGCCGUAUUUGUGUCUUGUGACGCCUGGCCAGUUAUUUGCGGCAGGGCCUAAGUCUGUCGAGAAGGAACACCGGUUUAUCCGUGUAGCUUUCGCGCCGAUGGACCUAGAGGAUGUCGCGCCUUUCACUCGCAGGCUUGUUGAAGGGUUCCGGUCAUUCUGGAAGCGGGAGAAUCUAGAUGGCUUGGAUGAUGGCGAUGAUGAGACUCUGGCGAUGCAGUCGAUGCAAUUGGAGUCUGGUAUCAUCAACUUUAUCGGUCCUGGAUGCUAA